UAGCCCUAUAGGCGCGGGAUUCCCGAGCUUGUGGCUAUGACGCCAGGCAAGGUCCAUUUCCUAUAAUAAAACGGUAGUAAACUAUUUGCUGUGUGAUAGGGAGGCUGACAGAUAGUUUGUGGAGAUCUGGGCUAUCUGAAGGUGUAGGAUUGACUGACUUAUUAUUAUUUGUUAGGCCCUAAAAGUGUGGACAAAUAUGGAAGUAAUAAGAAUGGAUGAGAACGACUGGAAGUACCACGGAGAAGGCAAUAAGAGCCUCGUUGUGUCCCACAGCAAGUCCCCAAGUGUGCUACGCUUUCUGAAGUUUCCAGUGGAAGACCAAAAAACGUGUGAAGAAAUAUUGCGCCAUUUGCAGAAUACAGUAGACUUUGGUAAACACAUCAUGAGGCCUUUUCUUGGAGAAAACUAUGUUCACUAUGGGGAGGUUAUUCCAUUACCUUUGGACUUUGUAAAGCAGCUCUCUGUGAAGAUUCAGCCUGAUAGGCCAGAAUCUCGUUGCCAUAAAGUAAUGGACAUCCUUAGUGGGUAUGCAUUACGUUUACCAAACCUUACCACACUUCAUAAGAGCCACUGUUUAGGCAGUCGACUUACAUUUUCUGUAGAAAUAAAGCCCAAAUGUGGAUUUCUCCCUCUUUCUAGUCACAUUACUGAGACCACAAAACACAAGGUGUGCCGAUACUGCAUGCACCAGCACUUAAAGAUAGCAAAUGGAAAAUGGAAGAGGAUCAGCAAAUAUUGCCCUCUUGAUCUUUUCUCAGGAAAUAAACAGAGGAUGUUUUUUGCCUUAACAUGUUUACUACAAGAUGCUCAAAAUAAUUUAAAAAUAUUUAAGAACGGUGAACUAAUAUAUGGCUGUAAAGACAAGGACAGUGCUCCAGACUUAAAUGAUCUUGCUCAUCACUUGAAACACUUCUUUUUUCCUGCAAAUGGACUGACAACUGGGCCUUUCUUUACAACUGCAGUUAUAAAUGAACUACUUCAAGUAAUUACAAUGGCUCUGCUCAGCCCGCCUGACUCAUGCAGGACAGAUGAUACAAAGAAAUUGUACAUACCUGAAGGAGGAAGGACAUAUUGUGACGCAAGCUACUAUUGCAGAGAAAUACUGAAGAAUGGGAAAAGUGAAUAUUCAGAGCUACCAAAAGGCUGUGUUCUUUCCAAAAUUCUUCAGGUACAGAGGUUGGAUAUGAUGGAUAUUGAAGGACUUUACCCUUUGUAUAGAAGAGUUGAACGGCACUUACAAGAAUUACCUAAUGACAGCAUUAGAUUGCACAUAGAUGGACCUUAUGAUGAUAGAUUUUCUGAAACACUAUUGGAUGUCUCUACUGAAGAUGACUUGACUGUAGAAUAUGCAGUUACAAAGGUUCAGCAGUACAGAGUGGCAAUGACUGCUAAGGACUGUUCUGUUAUGAUUACUUUUUCACCUUGCCUGCAAGACACAUGCUCUGAUCAGAGUUUGCUGAUACAGACCUCCAAGUCUAAACUUGAGUGUUCUGUUUCCAUCUUGGAUCUGGAUCUUAAACCCUAUGAAGAUAUUCCAAACCAGUACAAACUUGAUAAGAAGAUUGUGAACUAUUUCCUCAAAACCACAUAGGUAAAAGACAGUCAUUAGAGGUAAAGAUCUUUGGACUGAUUUUCCCUAAAAUGGAGUAAUAUCCACCAAGUCUGACUUAUUUCUGUACACUGGGAAGCGACUGUCUUAGGACUACUACAAUCAGGAUUUAAAGACUGUUUUAAAGUUCACUGUAUUGCUGUCCUAAAUGGACAUGAUUGCCAAGGAGGGCAGAUGUACCACCGAUCACAAAAUCUGUUCCUUGGCUUAUAUGGUGCAGAUAUAAAUGGUAAAACUCCUCUUCUUGCCAUUAUGAUGAAACUGAUAGCACAUGACCAACUGUGUUACAUUGAUUACUGUAAUGGACUGCUGUUUCUGUACUAGUUUACACACCUCUAAUGUAAAUGUUUAUUUAUUUUUGUAGUAUUAUAUAUAUAUUUGAAGAAUCUAUGCCCGAUUUUAAAGUAAUUUUGGACACUAUAACAUUUUAUGAAAUGCAUUCAUGUUGUGAUUAAGACUGUAAAUAGUGUAGUGUAUUAGAAUCAGUUUCUUUGGGCUGGGAAGUAUUUAUAUUUGCACAGCUGUACCUUAGAAAUGUAAUUUCCUAAAUUCAUGCUGAAAGAUGCAUCCUUAUUUAGUAGGAGACACUUGUUUCAGUUCUGCAGAAAGCACAUCCCAAUUUUUACCAGUCAUUUGAGACGUUUUGUGUUCCGGUCUAGGAAAAGCUGAUCACUCACAAAGUAGACUAAGGAGCAUUUUCUGAUUUUUAUGCAGCUUCAUGGAACACUGGCUUGCAUAGGAACAUAGCCACUGAAGAAAUGACUCUAAAUAUGUACAUAAUAUAUUACCUUCCUAAUUAAAAUAUCUCCUCCACCCCCAACUUGCAAUUCUUUAUGACAUGAAUUGAAUACUACUACUCUUGAUUAGUGUAAAAGUGAAGUUAUACAUACAUUUUUUUUUUCUAGUUGUGUGAAUGGAAAACCGACGAACCUUACAUGUUAAUUAGGUAUUUGGUAAUGUGCCACAGUGAUUGGUGAGUACUAAGUAUAAGUUUGGGGAAAUUGUAGUAUAUAGAUGUACAUAAAACACAGUAUAAUUUAAUUUGUGUAAAUGUUAUGCAUAAAGUAAUAUCGGAGUUUACAUAUUUGCUGUUUAUCCGUAAUACACAUUUUCAGAUGAGUACAAAUAGACUUUCAGUAUAGCAAGUGCUAUUCAUGAAGGAGUAUGUAUUUUUCUGUUAAGUAAUGCUAGUGACAAUAAAUUUUAACUAGCAUGCUAAAAUUGUAACAUUUGUAAUAUAGGCUUUUACAUACCAAGUUGUAAAGUGCUUGGGGGCUUUGCAUUAUUAUUAUUUAAACAGAAACUAAAAGUGGCAAUUUCCAAUGGAUUUUCUUGCCCAUUUUAUUACACUGAGUAUUAUUUUGGCCCCAGAUAUAGUAAUGAUCCUUCUGUUUCUCUAUGGCAGAGUUGUCAUCAAAGAGCUGCAGUGUUGCAUCUUCAUGUGAACGUUAAUUAUUUGCUGCUGAUAUGUUAGAUAUACUUGUUUGGAGACUAAUACAGUACAAUGCUAGUGAUUUUCUUCUAGUGUUGCAUUAACAUUUCCUUUAAUUUGUAAGUUAAUUUACACUGCAUGUAUGAGGUGAAUAUCAAUCAAAACAGUCUGUAUAUAGCUGCAGGAGGCUUCAGGAUAUUUUAGUUUACAUUGCCAUAUGACAGUAAUGGCAACACAUUGUAAAUGCAUCAAUGGUAAACAUAUGUAGCAUGUUCAGUAUCACUUUUCACAGGAAAAUGGGUUGGUGAUACUGUGUUCAGAAUAUAGGUCACUUAUAAACAUAUUUACUGUGUGUGCUUUUAGAGAACUGAUGUGGUCUGUUAAAUUUUUUUGUUCAGUCUUGGGUUUGUAGAAGUCAGUGAUGUAGUGUGCCAGAUAUCUGAAGCAGUUAAACUUUUUUUUGAAUUCUCUUUAAGAAUAUAGCUACUUUACAAGUUCUGGAUUAAUGCUAUAAAGUCUAGGCCAUAUGUUUUAUCAAUAUCAUUCUUAAAGGCUACAGUGUUUCGCACUGCCUCGACAAAAUGUGUCUGUGAGCUUACAUAGUGUGUGGCCAUUCAGAUGUAAAGACACACAACCAAAAUAUGCCUUAUGCUACAAAUGAAUGUUAGAUUCAGCCUUAAACAAGACAUACUAGGUUUAGCUACAUGUUUUGCGCUUUAGUGGUAAAUUACAUACUAGCAUAAAAAAGUAAUUUGCUGGUGGUCCACUGCACAGUGUAUGACUGAAGCGGUAGUAAACAGUUGUUGUUUGCAUAACACAUUAAACCUGUUCAAAAUUGAAAAAUAAAAUGGAGCUCCCGCACUGGCACCGAGUGACAAGUGUUCACUCUGUAAUGCCACUUAGCAUGACGGACUCGGGUAAUGAGUCUAAAGAGGAACAAGUAUGUUACAUCACUGCUGCCAGAGAGCAGGAAAUUACAUACAUGUAUGUGUGCACUGUCUUUAACCCCAUCAACAAAAAAUAAUCCUGCCGGUUCUUAAUCAUAGUAUGAGGUGUUACAGAAAGAUAAUGGUUCUUGUUAAGACAAGAUCUCUUCCCAGUGCUGCACCUCUGAUUACCUUUGAGUAGUUAAGGGCAAAAAAUGUCGACAGCUGAUGACUUCAGGAAACUAUAAGGAAAGAUAUCUCUUCCUGUAGCGACAUAGCAGUACAGUACUAUUUAUCCAGUCUGCUGACUUUGCAGUUUUGUUGGUAAGUCAUAUUUUUUACUUAAUAUUUAAUUGUACUUCACUAUAAAGUGAGUGAUAUAAGUGAAAUACAUGAAGCUCUCCCUCACUGGUAAGUGGCGUUUGUAAAGAUCUAUACAAACUUUCCGUUAAUGAUGGUACUUCCUAGACAGCAGAGUGACUUCUGCCUUCAACACUUUAAUUGCUGAAUGGGUUAGAACUUAAGCCAGACAACCAAUGGUGGUAGUUGCUUACAAAUUUGUCAAUGAGAGGUUUUCAGAGCCUUGUGUUUUAGUCCUUGUACACCGCAGUACUUUUUGCUUCAAGAAUGUUAGUGCAUUCUUGCCAGCUGGUGUCAUGGAUUAUUCUUUGGACAGAAAAUACUGCUGCUGAGAUGCACUUUUUUUUUCCAAAGAAUAGCAUAUGAGGUGGGACACCCUUUGUACCACUCUUCCAAAACUGAAUAAUGCCUUUCUCUGUGUACUUAGUCUUUCCAUAAAAAGACUACUGUGAGCUGUACACACUGCUUUUUGUCAUUUAGGUUGCAGCAGUGUCAUUAGAAUAACUCCUCCUUAUUCUACAAAGAACUGUCAUGGCUACCCAUGACACAUUCUGGUAGCAGGUUUUACAACCAGUUACUUAUGUAAUGGCAGUACCUGCACUGCAGAGUUAGGACAAAAGGUUCUAACAGUGCAGCAUGUAAUGCCUCUGCCUUUUGGAAAGGGGCCUGCAGUAAAGGAAAUUUAAAAAUCCUGUAUCGGUUGUACUUAACAUGCAUGAUGUUCAUGCUCCCACAAAAGUGUGUUUGAAAAUAUAAUGAUCUGUAACAGUGACAGCCUCAUUUGGUUUGUAUCUUGUGGUUGGGUUUAUCUUUUCUGCCAGCCACCAUCUGCAAAAUUCUUCUUGAAAGAUCCCACUGUUUGGGGCACUCACUACCAACACAGUGACAUCAAAUGUUUAUUACAACUAGGGGGCUUAACCCCCUCAGACUACCAGUUCCUCUCCCACCUUUACACAGUUAGAAUCACAGUUUUAUUUUUUUACUGAUGAGAUCCUGUGUACAGUGCUUAAAUGUGCCCAUCAAAUCAUCAGCCUAGAUUACCAGAAGCACCAACCGCAUUGCUUUUUUUUUUCACUCACAUGUAUGCCAGACAUCAAGCUUCUCCAAACAAACAUGAGAGCCAUUGUGUCCUGGCUAUGAGGACAUUAGUGAAAGCUCUAACCCUACCUCUGGGUGAGGGUCUGAGAGAAGCACCCCUGAUGGGCUUGCAGUGCCUUCCUCACAUUGGUGUACACUUGCACACUUAUUACGAAUGCUACCUUCAAUCAGCAGCUUGGUAAACCAAAUCCCAGCAGCCAAUUGUUUUACAUCCUAAUCCAUCUUCUGAAACUACUGGUGAUUUCCACAAUCAGCCCUGUCCCCAUUCCCAUCCUCCCCUGCUGCUUAUCUUCUCCACUGGCGCUGGUGCACCAACUGCAUUGUCUCAGGGAUAAACACACUCUUCAGCACUGCCAUAAAAGCUAGUGGUUCAAUCAUGUCUGCAGUGGACAGAGUAGCUUCUAACCUGCCUUGCUCACUAGAAGGAUGCUGGAGAGUGAGGUACCAACAUGGAGGGGGUGCUUGUGCAGAGCAUCAGCACAAGGAUCAAAACCUGGUGGGCAGGUGUACCUGUUAAAAGUACAAGGAUCAUAACAGCAAUCUUUGGGACAGUGCAUGUUUGCCUAAAUAGGAAAAUAAAUAUUUAUCUUUCUUCAAAGUCAGUCUUGAAGUUAGGAAGGGUAAGUAGCAGAGCGUGCCCCACUUGAGGUAGUACUAAAAAUAAUGUUUUACAAGUGUAACAAUGAGUUUCAGAGGUCAUUGUUUUUAUCCGAGUCACAGCUUAAUUUUCAGAAUGAUGGGACUCGCAGUAAUACAUCAUCCACAUCCAACUGGAAAUCCAGUGUAGGCUGCUCUUGAAAAUAAGGUUGUUUUUAAAAGUGGCCUUCCAAACCUUUUAGCUGCUGAGCUCUUCCUGGCUGGUCCUGUGUACUGGCAGCAGACAAUGAGCCAGAAGUGGUAUGCCCCAACAUUACACUGAGAGGAUGCAUUUUGUGAUAUUAUUGCCACUCAGUCCCCCCUCUCAAAAGUUUGAGCUUGAGGCUUGCUUCUAUGAUCCCAGAGAGUAGCACACCUGGUCAGAAGUGGAGGAAUUAAUAUAGUAUUCUUUAUCUAGUAGCUCCCUCCCAGGCCCAAUAAAGCCUAUUGGCCCCAUAUGAAAGGGACCACCAGACUGUUUUUCACUAGGGCUUCCAACUCGCAUCUCAGCCAUCAAGCACAUGUUUGAUGUCUGCUGUGAGCUUCAGUAUAAUUAUGUAUCCUUAGAAAAUAUGGACUGAUUCAAGCAGUGAGCCUAGAUUAGGCCUCUUUUCCCCCAUGCAUCGCUUUCAGUGAGCAGUCCCUCGAACCUGGUAUACAUCUCACCAGAUAUCCACCUGUCAUAUACUCAUUUGCAUGAAAGACCACACCUGGAAUUAAUGAGGGAUACAGUAUUCCCUCCUGCUAGAGCCAUCUGUUCUGAUGCCCCCCCCCACCAUACACACAUCCCUCUUUUAAAAGCCUUUUGCUGACCAUUCUUGAGUCUGCAUGAAUAUUCUGGCAUAGCAAAGGUUCCAGAAAACCACAGCAUUUUGCCAUUUUCUUCCAGAUGAGUGACUGACUCAACAAUUCUGAACAGGUGUGCUAAGGUGUUGUACGAUCCAUGUUCCAACAGAGUUGUCAACUAUUCAUUUCACCUGCCCAGAUUACAGUCCUCCAUUGUGGACUAGUGGCUGGACAAGGGUGAAACCUUCCCUAAGUUUAGGCCCAAAGAGGACAACAUUCAGAGCAUAUCUGUAGCUUCAGAGGUUGGCUUCCAUGUAGCCCACUGAAAUUUAAAUUAUGCUAGUGCUGUGGUUAAUGCCGCAGCCUCGUGGAUGACACUUUGUAAGAUAGUGUGGCUGAGAUCCUUCAAGGAGGAACACUGGAACAAUAUCCUGAAUGCCCAUUUCAAGUGGGAAGUACUUCUUUUUAGCUAGGUUUCCUAGAAUCUGUCCAAAUAUCUCUUCCAGAGGAAGUAGGCCCUGACAUUUAUGAUUCCAUUGCAUCAGUCCCAAAAGAAGAAGAAGAAGCCUCCUUGACAUCCAAGUAAGUUUUUUUUUUUUUUUAAAUCAUCUCAAAGUCCUAUUUCCUAUGCUGGGCAAGUGUUAGAAAACAACUCUGUUAGCCCAGGUGCUGAGACUCUAGUCAGAGACUGCUCAAUACGUAAUACUACUUUGCGCUCACUGUGGUUUGGGGAAUAAGCUAAAAGGACCAGUAAGAUUCCUUGACCUGGUUGAGAAGUGUAUAGUUAUCUGUCUUGAAACUCAUGGGCCUCUACCUUGGAAUAAGCCCUUCUGACAAACCUGUUUACUUCAUUAAAGCUUUACAGACAAGUCCUAGACUGUAUUUAUGAAAGUGGGUAUACAAGCUGUGCCAUAAUCACAGUACAGUCUGGGAUUUUAAGCCUGACUUUUCCUUGCCUCAAAGCGGAUAGAAGUCCCCCAGCUAAUUUUAUACGUCAGUGCUUUCAACUAACACCUAGUAUGACUGCUUCCAGAGAGUGAUCCUGUAGGUGGUCAUGCCUUUUGCUGUAACCUAUGAUGCUGGUUGUUCUUUCUGAAAAGGCCUAGUAAGUCAUAGCACUGGAAUCCCUACGGAAUGUAUAGAAUAGGAUCUGUGCCCAAAUUCUACUACAUAUUUUGGGCUUGAAGGCUGCCCUGGUCUUUUUGCUGCUGUUUGUACACCUGAGGAUGUGGUUGUUACAAUGGACUGUGAGGUAACAGUGGCUGCAAAGCUUGUACACAAUUGUGGAUGUUCACCCAGUGUCAGAUCCUUGUUAAUGGGCUUGUCUUUCCUGCAGCAAACCCAUCAGAGGUCAUAACUGGAAGAGUGAGUAGCCCACUUUGUCAUACACACUGUUCAAGAGAUGUGGUUCCCCCAGGAGAUGAGGGGACUCUGUCACUCAGAUGAUGGUUUGAGGCAGGCUUCCAAAUCUUGAGCACUGGGAGAUAGAGCUGCUAGCAGGCUGUCUUUCCUUUAAGAUAGGCAACCAGUAUCUAAAAACAAAAGGGGGCACAAGGUCCAACUAGGCUACUGCUCCAGUCAUCAGUAGAGCCUGGGAUUUGUAGGGCAUGUCUGGCCCACGUCUCCUGGAAUUGAGGCACUCUCUAGUAACCUACUUCCAUUUGUAAAGAAGAUGGUUCUUUCCUCACCGCCAGCCAAUUAGUUAGUGCAGUAUAGCAAGGGUAGGUGGAAGGAUGAAUGCAUUCUCCAUCCUGUGGCACAGAUAUCUCCUUCAUGCCUUCAUACUUAUUCAAUACCCUUUCUCAAACAUUGGGAAAGAAAAAAAUCAUUCUCAUAGCCCCUUGGCAUCUGAGAAGGGUGAGAUUUUGUAAACUAGGGUUCCUCUCAGUAAACAAAACUCUCAUUGUACCAGUUGAAAAUGUCCUUCAUAAUUGGGGUGACAGCAAUCCUCACUUCAAGGCCCAUCUUCUGUCCUUUAAUCUUGCUGGAGUGCUUGAGGAUGCAAGGAAGCCCCCCCCCCCCAUCCAGCCUAUUGAGAAGUACCCUGUCUGUUUGCUUACAUGAGAUCCUGACUUAGCUUAAUCAUUUAAUCGUGUUGGGCCUCAGUCACUCUGCAGACAUGAUGCAUAUGUUGAACUAUUUAUGCACUUCAUGACCUUGUGGAACACAAGUGUGAUACAAUACCGGUUGCACAGAUUAAAGGAGUACUACAUUCAGUUCUCCUUUGAAGAAACUUUCAUCAUUGGGAUCUGGACUUUAUGGUUUACAGAACUGUCUGUCUACCACCUGAGCACUUGAGCUUGGAACCUUUGAAGAUAAUGUCUUAAGAAAUGCUCUUCCUGAUGGCAGUUAUCUCUACUCACAUGAUCUUAGUGCUUCAACAGGGCUAGAUCUGUUGGAAACUGUAUCUUGUCUCUCACAAGUGACUCCCCUAGGACUAACCCACACUUCCUCUUGAAGAUGCUUUCUAAAGUUAAUAAAUGAGUCCAUUGAUCUGCAUGUCUUGGCAGAGAGAGCCCUUCACACCCUGCGUUUGCACAAUGACUUCAGGCUUUAUCAGAUGCAGAUUCAUGAAUUUAGCAAAAUUUAACAGUUCUUUGUCUACUGUGCUCCAGGAAAGAAAGGACUCUUUCCUGACAAGCAAGCCUUUGGCAAGUGGACUACUGGCUGCAUAAAUGUUUGCCAUCAGGCAGUCAACAGUCUACUGGAAAACAUUUUAGUCUAUGUGCAAGCCAUUUCAGGACUGGCUGCCUCCGUUACAGAUUGCAGGUGCAUACAUUCAUAAAUUGUUUGUGUCUUGACUGAGAUUCCAGGAAUAGGGCUUUUGGGUACUAUUGUACUUCAGGGCUCAGCCUUCUGAAUUUAGUAUGUGGGUUGUUCCCUGGCUUUUUCUACCCUAGUGGUUACUGCUUGUGAAGCACUCUUGAGUAUACAACUCAUCUAGGAGGAUUUUAGAUAGUUUUUACUAGACUGUUUUAUUUAUGAGAGGCCUUUUUGAUGUUGUUAAAUACCCUGCUGUCCAGCCUCUGCUCUGGGAACCACAUGUAAAUCAGACAUAUGCAUAUAUUUGUAAGCACUGUUAAGUGCCAAAUCUUAAUUUUCAGGAAGGAAGCUGACUGGUGGCUAGGGGAUAGAUGCACUUGUGUAGUCCCUUCAUGUGCUGGCACUGAGCAUGUGAUCUUUUGAGAAGUGUUUAUUAGAUGGUGCGAAGUAGAAAGGAUAAACCUAACUAUAGGGCCAUGCCUUACAUCACCUGAUCUAUUUAUUGCCCAUCACUGUAGGAAUCCAGGAUUCUGUAGUCACAAAAAAAAAAGGAUGGAGGCUUAGGCAAGUGCACAUUAAAUAUGACUGCAAAACAGUCAUCUUUGUGAAAGCAACAUAUGAAUGUGUAAGUAUAGUACCAUUCUGGUAUUUGUACAAUAAAAAAACAGUAUAAAGAUGCUAUUUCUGAAUGAAUAGAGUUUAUCCUCAAAAUGGAAACUUCAGUCAGGACCUGUCACCAAUGAAGUCAAUUCAUUAAUGGCCUCAAAAAAUAUAUCAAUCCUUCCUGAUGGGGUACUGAGGUAAACAGAUCAACUACAUCAAUACUGGUGAAACUAGCAUUCUCACUGAAUGACUCCUGUCUAAUUUUAGAAAGGAAUUCCCAAGAAUCUUUGAGCAGAUAAUCUAGUGGUUUAGCAGCAUUCUUAAUUAUCCUCUCUAUGAAACCCCCAAGAGGAUAGGUGGAACUGUUUUGUGCUGCUUCACUAACUAUAUAGAGAUUUGAAAUGUUCCUUUGAACCUUUGGUAUUAUCAAAGGGUGUUUGAUUCUUGGGAAAUUACGUAGUUUCUCUGAAGUAAUAGUGCAUCUUCAAUAAGUUGAAUUCUAUGUGUAGUAAAUAUUUCAUUUUGUGAAACCUCAACAUAUUUUUCUUUUUCGUGUAAGAUGUCCAACAUGUAGCCACUGUAGUCUACUUUAUCCACUAAAACACCCGCCAUCCUUAGCAUGUCAUUAGUUUGGAGAUCAUUCAUUAGUUUUAAUUCCUGCUCAGUUAGAUUAUAAAAUUUAAUUUUUUUGUGUGGAUUAAGGCAUAAAUUUCAGUGGUGCAUAAUUUUUCAAAUGUGACAAUAGUAGGGUGCAGGGGGGAUUGAAUGUACUCUUUUUUCCUAAACAUGUUUGUAGGGUGGGUAUUACUUCUUGAUACCUGAUCUUUAAACAUGAGCUGAAGAUUAAGCUUCGUAGUGAAUAGUUUCACGUCCGCAAGUACAUCAACUGUCGCUACUUGAAAUGAGGGAACAAACUUGAAAAGUUUUUUAAAAAGGGAGAAGUGGGUUUUGCUUAAUAACAAGAUCAGUAUAACUAAAAAUAUUAAACCCUUGAUAAGAUAGCAUCUUCCCUUCAAAAGCUUUAAUGAUGUUAUCAAAUGAAUAACUUUGUUCUGUUGGAUAACAUUUUUCAUUUCCAUUUCUUCAACAUUGUCCCCUGCCUGUGUUCUGUACCCCCUUUGGAGUUUGAGCAUGGGGUAAAAAAAAAAUCCCACGGUCUAUUCCUGUUCCCUAUACUUUUGGAACUUCUAAGGGGUAAGUAAGUAGUUUCAUACUCUGUCACCCUCCCUGUCCUGACCAAAAUGUAAUGCAUUAGCUUUAGAAUUUUGAUGUUGAUAAUAGUGUACUUCAUUAUCGUUGCUGGUCCCCACAUUUUGGUUGUUGCCCCUAAAAAUAUCCUCAAAAUGUGUUAACUCCUGGGGUUAGAAUGAUGGGCAUUACAUAAUGAGUAGGCAGUUUGGUUUGCAUAACCAUUUUCAUCCCUAAUAAAUUUCUUAUGGUUUUGUUCUAAGUUCGAUUUAACUUGUUUAUUUGAUUCUAUAAAAUACACUGUCAUACUUCCAGACAUUAGGUUCAAACAAUAAAUCGUUUACAAUUUCCUCAUUAAGAGGCCGCUGUAUGCACAUUAAAUACAACUGCAAAAUAUGAAUGGGUAGGAAUAGUACCAUUCUGAUAUUUGUACAAUAAGAACCAGUAUAAAGAUGCUGUUCCUAAAUGAGUAGUAAGUUUGCAUUUUUUUAUUUGCUUCCUACCGGCAGGAAGAUGGUGUGUUACUUAAUUUACUUUAAGAAAUAACCAAAAGAUUGAUUGGGCAAACAUGAAACAGUAAAAUUCCAAAAUACAAAUGCUCGUCUUGAUAGAAGUCAUAAAUGGUCCCAAAUUCACAUACACUACUUAUAAUUCCAACUUUAUUAUGAAAAUAAUAAAAAAGGUCAAUCGCUUUUAUCCUUACAGCUUUAGGACUUCAUCAGUACAACAGAUACUUUAAAAACAUCUUAAUUUACUUUAAGAAACUACCACUGUAUGCAGAAGUUGAUGUACUGUGUGGAUGACACUUGGCAAGAUACUAAGUUUUUUUUUAAUUUAUUUCAUUCUUUCAUAUUCUUUUAUGAGUUUGGUCUUGCACUUUUUGGUUGGAGUUGGUGUUAAAAUGAAAACUGAUUCAGCAUUUUUUUUAAGGUUGCAGUUGAUAAGACACAUCUGUUGCUUUUGGUAUACUUGACCAUUAGCAAACCUUUUUUAAUGCUUAGUAGCACAAGGAAGUGUGCUUUGCAGUUGCUUGGGACUAUAAGGUAAAGCUGUAACUAACAAAAUGAAAAAGUAAAGCCUGCUUUUUUCCACGAAGCAUAUGAACAGGCAUUUAGAAUGCACUAAACAUUUGUUAAAAAUGGUAGAUUACCUACCUGUUUUAUAUACCCACUUACCUUUUUAUUUUAUGUAAUGUUUGUUGAGCUGUGAAGUCAUGCUACUGCCACUGUUCUCUUUCACCUUGAGUCUAUAAGUUACAGAAACACUUUACCAUGUAUGAAGAUGGCGAAAGAAAAAACACUGUGCUAUAACAGUAAUUCAAAAAUCACUCUUUUUAUUGUAGAUUUGUAAUGUAAUUCAUUGUACAUUAACUGUUUAGUUUGGGAUUUUUGUAUUUAAAUGGCUGUAUUUAUUUUUCUUGUCUUGAAAAUUUAUAUAUAGUGUGCCACAAAGAUGUACAGAUGAAUUUAUUAGAAAUGUUUGUAAAUAAGAGGUGUUUAUAUUCAUUAAAAAUAAAAUCUAUAACUUCUGAAAUA